AUGGCCAAGGUGGCCACCAAGUACUGCCAGAAUACAACGGCGUGUAAUCUCAAGAAACAGGUAAUCUUCCAUCCCGAGUCUGUGCUGAUGAUCGAAAACUUUCCACGUCGAGAAUUCGGGGAGUUGCUGCUCAAAUUUUUGAUCGUGCUGCCCCAUGGUUCGAUAUUUGAUUUGAAACAGCAGAGGCCGUUGCUGCCGAGGCCAGUUAUAGCUGAUAUGCUCUCAAAACAUCGGGGAGAAUUGGCGAGCCGACUGGGGUGGAAUAUUUUAUCGUAUGAAAGAUACCCCCGUUUCGACCCGAUGACCGAAUUCAUGAACAUCGCCAUCAUUCCAAUUAUCAUCUUCUCCAUUCCGCUUAUGAUCUUUUUGGCUUAUUGGACAUCCACGUUACGACCAAAUAUGGGCAGCGAGUCGUGGCUGGUCACCGGCUCUUCUGGAGGCAAGAACGCGGCGUUACGACGCACGAUGGAAAUAAUCGCCGAGCAAAACGAGGAGAUUCGCCGCCAGGAAAUGGCCGAUCGACUUCGCGAUUUGCGAAUUACCGGCGCGCACGAGGGGCUGAGCGGCCCCGCACAACUUCUGCUCAACGUCGCUAGGCUGUCCAUCGCCUCUUCGUCGUAUUCUCCACAUGGGUCGCUACAAACCCGCCAGCAUCAUGGCCCGCCACCUCCAGUGAUCAUAUCUCCAUCUGCGCAGUCGAGAAGAUCAUCAGCUGCCUCGGCUGGCACGCGCUGUCCAUCCCCUCCAAGUCAACAAAAAGAACGCCGCAGCUCGCGACGCCAAUCUUCCAUCGAGGGCAUGGCGAUCAAGGGUCGGAGAAGAGGCCUCUCCAUCUCCUCAGCUCCAGCCCAACGCUGGAAAACCGGCUCCCUAAUUCUCAGCCGAGGUUUCAGGAAG